CAGCGAGUCAAGAUGAGAGUUCAGCCGCGGCGGCAGCAGCAGCAGACUCAAGAAUGAACAAUCCAUCAGAAAGCAGUAAACCAUCUAUGGAGAGUGGAGAUAGCAACACCGGCACGCAAACAAAUGGUCUGGACUUUCAGAAGCAGCCUGUGCCCGUUGGAGGAGCAAUCUCAACAGCCCAGGCCCAGGCUUUCCUUGGACAUCUCCAUCAGGUUCAGCUUGCUGGAACAAGUUUACAGGCUGCUGCUCAGUCUUUAAAUGUACAGUCUAAAUCUAAUGAAGAAUCGGGGGAUUCACAGCAGCCAAGCCAGCCUUCCCAGCAGCCUUCAGUGCAGGCAGCCAUCCCCCAGACCCAGCUUAUGCUGGCUGGAGGGCAGAUAACUGGGCUUACUUUGACGCCAGCCCAGCAACAGUUAUUACUACAACAGGCACAGGCACAGGCACAGCUGCUGGCUGCUGCAGUGCAGCAGCAUUCUGCCAGCCAACAGCACAGUGCUGCUGGGGCCACCAUCUCAGCCUCCGCCGCCACGCCCAUGACGCAGAUCCCUCUGUCUCAGCCCAUACAGAUUGCACAGGAUCUGCAACAGCUGCAACAGCUUCAACAGCAGAAUCUCAACCUGCAGCAGUUUGUGUUGGUACAUCCAACCACCAACUUGCAACCAGCGCAGUUUAUCAUCUCACAGACGCCCCAGGGCCAGCAGGGUCUCCUGCAAGCGCAAAAUCUUUUAACGCAACUACCUCAGCAAAGCCAAGCCAACCUCCUACAGUCGCAGCCAAGCAUCACCCUCACUUCCCAGCCAGCAACCCCAACACGCACAAUAGCAGCAACCCCAAUCCAGACACUUCCACAGAGCCAGUCAACACCAAAGCGAAUUGAUACUCCCAGCUUGGAGGAGCCCAGUGACCUUGAGGAGCUUGAGCAAUUUGCCAAGACCUUCAAACAAAGACGAAUCAAACUUGGAUUCACUCAGGGUGAUGUUGGGCUCGCUAUGGGUAAACUGUACGGAAAUGACUUCAGCCAGACUACCAUCUCUCGCUUUGAAGCCUUGAACCUCAGCUUUAAGAACAUGUGCAAGUUAAAGCCACUUUUAGAGAAGUGGCUAAAUGAUGCAGAGAACCUCUCAUCUGAUUCUGCUCUCUCCAGCCCAGGUGCCCUGAAUUCUCCAGGGCCGGGAAUUGAGGGCUUGAAUCGUAGGAGGAAGAAACGCACCAGCAUAGAGACCAACAUCCGUGUGGCCUUAGAGAAGAGUUUCUUGGAGAAUCAAAAGCCUACUUCAGAAGAGAUCACCAUGAUUGCUGAUCAGCUUAAUAUGGAAAAGGAGGUGAUCCGUGUUUGGUUUUGUAACCGCCGCCAGAAGGAAAAAAGAAUCAACCCACCAAGUAGUGGUGGGACCAGCAGCUCACCUAUCAAAGCAAUUUUCCCCAGCCCAACCUCACUGGUGGCAACCACACCAAGCCUUGUGACAAGCAGUGCGGCAACUACCCUCACAGUCAAUCCUGUACUCCCUCUAACCAGUGCUGCAGUUACUAAUCUGUCUGUUACAGGCACUACAGAUACUCCCUCCAACAACACGGCAACCGUGAUAUCCACUGCACCUCCAGCUUCCUCAGCAGUCACCUCCCCUUCUCUGAGUCCCUCCCCUUCUGCCUCUGCCUCCACCUCCGAGGCGUCCAGUGCCAGUGAGACCAGCACAACACAGAACACCUCCACUCCUAUGUCCUCCCCUCUUGGGACCAGCCAGGUGAUGGUGACAGCGUCAGGGUUGCAAACAGCAGCAGCUGCUGCCCUCCAAGGAGCUGCACAGUUGCCAGCAAAUGCCAGUCUUGCUGCCAUGGCUGCUGCUGCAGGACUAAACCCAGGCCUGAUGGCACCCUCACAGUUUGCAGCUGGAGGUGCCUUACUCAGUCUCAAUCCAGGGACCCUGGGCGGUGCCCUCAGCCCAGCUCUCAUGAGCAACAGUACACUGGCAACUAUUCAAGCUCUUGCUUCUGGUGGCUCUCUUCCAAUAACGUCACUGGAUGCAACUGGGAACCUGGUAUUUGCCAACGCAGGAGGAGCCCCCAACAUCGUGACUGCCCCUCUGUUCCUGAACCCUCAGAACCUCUCUCUGCUCACCAGCAACCCAGUUAGCUUGGUCUCUGCCGCUGCAGCCUCCGCAGGGAACUCUGGACCUGUUGCCAGCCUUCAUGCCACCUCCACCUCAGCUGAGUCCAUCCAGAACUCUCUCUUCACAGUGACCUCUGCCAGCGGGGCUGCUUCCACCACCACUACUGCCUCCAAGGCACAGUGAGCUGGGCUGGCGCCAGCCUUUUUCACUCUGCAGUGUGAUUGGGCUGCCAGCCAGGUUAAUAAACUGAAAAUGUGAUUGGCUUCCUCUCACCAUGUUGCUGAGGGCACAGGAGAGAAGAAAAUACCACACAUGAUUUGGGGGGGUGGGGGGAGGAUGAAGAUGGGACAACAUUUGCCUAAUUUUGUAAUAAAACACUGUCUUUUCAGGAUUGCUUCAUGGAUUGGAAAACUUUCUAACCAAAAAU